AAGUGACAUUUCACUCUCUUUUCUGUUGGACCAUGGCUCUCCCUGUGAUGCUUGGGUUCUUUGCCUUGCUCACCAUCUCCUGUCAGGUUGCAUCCUCUUCUGGUAGCUGUGUGUGUGACUUGAAGAAUGUGGAGCAUCCCUUUCCUUAUGACAAACUCGAGACUGCCGAAGACACUGCGCUGAGCUGUAACCAGAACGUUAACCCACAGAAGACCCUGGAGGUGAAGAGUCUUUUGAUGGGUCUAGAGCGACGUUUGCCUGUGCUGGUGGAAGACGUAGAGGUGCUGGAGAGCGAGGACGAUGGGGAUCUGUAUGGAGCCAUCAGCCUGCAGGUCAUAGAGAAUGAACUGAGGGAACUCCUGCAGCUAUUUAACAAACUCAACAGCACCAUCAUAGGGAACCAGCAGCUCAACGCUGAUACCCAACAACAGCUGCUGGGCUUAAGGGAGGACAUGCAGACUCUGGAAGCCUAUGAUACCAUGGAGGUGGUAAAGAGACAGAAAAUGAACCAGCGUUUGAAGAGAGACCUGGAAGAAUGUAAAAAUGGACAUGACUCCACCGUCGAGCCUACUUGGAUUCCACAAAGUAACUGUCCCCAGGGUCAGUUCAUGAAUGUGACUGGGCCAAGUGUCUACACAGGGGGAGAGUAUCCUGGUUCCUACAAGUAUGGAGCCUGGGGUCAAGAUCCUAAACCUGAUGUUGGGAAGGAGAACUGGUACUGGUUGGUGUUGCUGACCUCCAGCAACGCAUACUCCAACUACGUACGUCGCUACUCCAGCCUGAGUUCCCUGAUCGUUGGGGUUAGCGUUCCUGGGAAUGUUCUGAUCAGUUCGUCCAACCCAACCACCAACACCAUCCAGGGGCCAAACGUCGUGAUGUAUGGAGAGGCUCUGUACUACGGAUGUUACUACCGAAAUGCAGUCUGUAGAUUCAAUCUCACCACCAGCUCUGUUACUUCUGUGGAGCUGGCUGCAGACACCAGGUUUAACUCUAAGGGUAACUUCUGUUACCUUGAAGCCUGCUACCCAUACACGGAUCUGGACUUGGCAACAGAUGAGACCGGCGUCUGGGUGAUCUACACCACCAAACAGAACUUUGGUGACAUCGUGGUGUCUAAGGUGGGGGAUGGUGUGCAGCCCACAGUAGAGAAAACUUGGCAUACCUCCCUGUACAAAAGUGCAGCGACCAACACCUUCAUGAUGUGCGGUGUGCUUUACGCCACAAGGUUCGUCAGCAAAGACACCGAGGAGAUCUUCUAUUCGUUCAACACUUGGACAAGUGAAGAGAGGUUCAAUCUUGGCAUACGCUUCCAGAAGAUGUCCGCCAACAUGCACUCCCUCAACUUCAGUCCUGUGGACCAAAUGCUGCACGCCUACACUGAUGGAUACAUGGCUUCCUACCAUGUUGUGUUUGAGUAAACGGAUAGUGCCCACAAACACAAAUAUACCACAGCAAUCAACAGUGCUUAUCACAUUGUAUGAACCACUGAGUUCGCUAUCACUUUUGAAACUCAGAAAAAAUGAUAAAUAAAGAAAAUAUUGAUUA